AACAGAUCUGAAAAGUAGGAUUAAGAAUGGCACAGAGAGAUUGCCCAAUGAAGGGCCAGCAAGGGCUCAGCCUUCCAGAUAGACAGAUGGUGACCCUGACAGUGUGUGCGAGGGAACCAGUGCUUUUCUGAGUCGCUGUCUUCCGGGUGCUGUCUGGUGGUCGGCAUGGCACGUGGAAGUCAAAGAGAACUUGCUCGCCAGAAAAACAUGAAGAAAACUCAGGAGAUUAACAAAGAAAAAAGAAAGGAAGGUAACUUGCCUACCUCUCAGAGAAAGCAGAGGGAUUCUGGGGUCAUACAACAAAAGCAGAAGGCAGCUAAUGAGAAGUCUAUGCAGACAAAAGAAAACUGA